UGCAGUAUUAUAAAUGGUAAAUACGACGUCACAGUAGUAGCGUCGUAACUAAGACAUCAUUUAUACGUCGUGAUAUAUCAAGUAACUGUUUCAAAGUUCUAAGAAACAAAGCAUGGAUUGAAAUGACUUAACAACAUGAAAGGAUUAUCAAGUGCGGGUUUACGGGCGAUAAAAGAGACCCCCUCUCUUAUAGACCCUUAUGCCAAUCCAAACCCAAGGAAAAAGAAUAAAGCAAGAGGAAAGACAUCUAAAGGCAAGAAAGGAAGUAAAAUGAUUGCCCCACAAGACAUCUGUGACAAAGAUAUUUUAGCAAAACAUGAAAUGUGCUCCACGAGUAAAAGCAGCAAAAUGGGAUCUGAAUUGACGCUUGACAUGUAUAUUCCUGACGGUAAAAAUGAUUACUUGGAGCAGAAAAAGAUGGUCGAAAUGGAAGCAUUUUUCAGAGUGAAAAGGGAAGGUAUGAACCCGUACAGGGAGCAAAGCUCUAAAAGUUUACAAAUGUGUCGCCUGGCAUCUUCAAAGUCACGUGAUCAUUUGAUUUCAUUGAUGCCAAACAAAGAAUCAUCAAAUAUGUAUAUAAAUAAUGACAUAGUGACAUCGGCCAAGCAAGAGUUAGAAAUGAUUAGAAGACAUACAAAUCGCCUGGUUGGAAGAAAAGAGUCCAGCGAGUUAAAUUCGUUAUCUCAGCAGUCAAAGAAAGCCUCCAAGUUACGGGAAAUGGUGUUUGGCGUCCGAGACAAAACGAACAAUAGCGUAGAAUGUCAAAAUCACGUUACGAAUAUUGACAGCAGACGGCCUCACUUUUUGGCGCCAAUUUCUACAAUACCUGAGGCGACAAAAAGAACAGGAAAACAAAGACAUUUCUCUGGGAAAUACAGAGAUAACAAAAGCAGAAGUAAAGAGGGAACUGAUGUACGUAUGAGUUUGGAAAAUGAAGAAAAGUGCAUGAAUGAAAAUGAAGAGGAGUUUGACUUCUAUGUGUAGACCUUAUUCGAAAAUGAUGAAAUAAAUUU